AUGCGUCCAAGCAAAGCUUCAGUGACCCAAACAUGGCUGCUUUUUACACAGCUUUGUCUUUUGAAAGAUCUCGUAAUCAGAUGUGUCCGUCAGUUCAUUAGAAGAGCAAAAUCAAUGCUUUUCAGUCAAAACAUGGUCACUGAUUCUGCUGAGAUCAGUGUUAUCUCCGUCGGAAAAGAUCCCAAUCACUUUCAGAUUGCAGAAAUUCGAAUUCAUGACUCCGUUAGUAUCGAGAUUCCGACCUCCGAAGAUUCGCCUCUUUUAGGAUCGGUCAAGAGUUGUUCUGCAACUGCUAAUGAAGAGCCUGACACUGAGUUUGUCCCCAAAAUAAGUUCUGGGAGUUAUGCGGAUAAGGGUGACUACAGGGAGUACAUGGAAGAUGAACACAUAUGCAUUGACGACCUUUCAGCUUAUCUUGGUUCUUCUUUCUACAGAUUUCCCGUUCCCAUCGCUUUCUACGGUGUUUUUGAUGGCCAUGGUGGAUCGGAGGCGUCGCAGUAUAUAAAAGAGAAUGCAACCAGGUUGUUCUUUCAAGAUGCUGUUUUUCGAGAAUCGCCCUCCAUUGUGAACACCUUCUACUUGAAAGAACUGGAGAAUUCUCACCGGAAAGCUUAUAUGUUAGCUGAUCUUGCCAUGGAAGAUGAAAGCAUUGUUAGCGGUUCGUGUGGAACAACUGCCUUGACCGCUCUUGUAAUCGGACGGCACUUAAUGGUAGCUAACGCGGGUGAUUGCCGUGCAGUGCUCUGUAGGAAAGGAAAGGCUGUUGAUAUGUCAUUUGAUCACAAAUCUACAUUUGAGCCAGAACGGAGACGGGUAGAGGAUUUAGGAGGGUACUUUGAAGGAGAGUAUCUCUACGGUGACCUCGCUGUAACUAGAGCUCUUGGGGAUUGGUCGAUAAAGAGGAUGUCACCCCUCGGCCGAUCUUUGUCACCUCUGAUCUCAGACCCGGACAUUCAACAGAUGAUUCUAACCGAGGAAGACGAGUUCUUGAUUAUGGGAUGUGACGGUGUAUGGGACGUGAUGACAAGCCAGUACGCUGUUACAUUCGCCAGGCAAGGACUCAGGAGACACGGUGACCCGAGAAGAUGUGCAAUGGAACUUGGAAGGGAAGCCUUAAGGCGUGAAUCAUCGGAUAAUGUUACAGUGGUGGUAAUCUGCUUCACAUCACCAGCAGCUCCUCCUCAGUGGAGAAGAAUACGGUUCUGUGUUUCUGAUGAAGCCCGAGCCCGGUUACAGACGAUGCUAGAAGGCUAA